AUGCUGUUCCCACCUCAGAACAAUGGAAAAGAAGACAAGGAAGAAGAGCAGGACUCAAAGCAGGACGCCAAGGACUCAAAGCAGGAUGCCAAGGACUCAAAGCAGGAUGCCAAGGACUCAAAGCAGGAUGCCAAGGACUCAAAGCAGGACGCCAAAGACUCAAAGCAGGACGCCAAGGAGAAGUCACCAAAUCCACAAAAUGCUCCCGCAGCAGAGCCCAGCAGCCUGGUGGAGGAAGAGUCAAAGGAUGACAUGAAACCCCAAGUGGAUAAUAUCCGAAAAGACCCCAAAGAAUUGCAUCUCAGAGCAGAAGGGAAACUUCAGACUCCCAUUAAUUCUUCCACUCCAGUCAGCUCGGCACUCACGGAGCAGCAGCCAGUGUCUGGUAGCUUACUGCAGAGUGAGACUCCAGGCCCAAGCCAGUGCCCCCAGACUUUCAAGAAUACGACAUUUACAAAACCUGCAAAGGUGAUUUUUACCAUAGAUGAAAAUGAACAGACCUCAAAAACACCGCCCCCAUGGAAGAAAAAUCUUACUGAGAGAUUACAGGCAAGAUCCCACGUCAUGGAGCAGAGAAUGCUGGAGUUGGAAAGUCUGAGGCAGGAGCAAGAGAGGAAGUCUGCGAAGAGGCUCCCCGACGAUGACUUGGGGAGAGAGUGGCUUAACACUGACCGCCUGACGCUGGCCACCCGGGCCUACCUGCUGGACAAGCUGCUGCCCACCUUGGUCCCUGGAGUAGAACAAAUGUUAAUGCAGAUAGAAAAGAGGAAGAUUUUGAGCCAAGCUGAUAUCCCAACCAAGUUUGACCCAAUCAAUUAUUUGGGAGAAUAUUUAAUGAGAAACAAUACUAAUUAUAUCAAAGACCAAGAAAUGUCUGGCUACCAGAGGGUGAUGAAAGAUGUCACCGAAGAACUGAAGGUUCACGUUCCUGACACAAUCGGCAACAGAGUAUCCAGGAUGAAGGAGAAAGUUAAAGAAAAGAGAGAACAAAGAGAAUACAUCAGCACUGUCAAGGUCCAGGUGGCCUCCGUCAGAAAACAGGCCCUGGAGGAGCAGUUCAGUGAAUGGGUUCUCAACACCAAAGGAAUGAUUCCUAUAGCUGUGAUUCAGAAUGUCCUUAAUGAUUUUUUUCAGAAGCCAGAUUUGCAUCUUGAAUCACAUUCCGAAGAUCUGAUUAUAAUGAACACAAUGGAACCAGGAUUUACCCAAGAGCAAUUUGUACAAUACAUUUCUUCACACAUUGCAGACUUGAAAAGUGAAGUUUUUGAGGAACUCCUCAAACACCUUUGCCACAGUGCGGAAGAGUUCCGGGAGAUCGUAAAAGGUGUUAUGCGGCGACAGAUGUUUGCUGAUCUCUUCCUACAGUGUGACACUGGGAAGGUGAGGGUUCUGCAUCGGCAGAGGACACUGGCCUUGCUGGAAGCAUUCUAUGAUCAAAGUUCACAAACCACUAGGAGCUUACUCCGAAACCCAAGACAGUGGCCAUUUGUCGAAUUUGAAGAGAUAGAGUUGACUGAGUUCUGGGGAGACACGGAUAUUAAGAAGCACAUUUAUGAAGACUUUGAUGAACUGCUCUUACAGAUGAAAACGUUAGCUACUAGAAAACUUGUUGGCCAAGGCCAUGAAAAAGAACAACAGCGGAGAGAGAUAAAACACGCCCAGCAGAGAGGCUCGGCGGCAGAGCAAGGGUAUAGCACAAGUUCAACGGCAGAACAAGCCCAGCAAAGAGGCUCGGCCGCAGAGCAAGAGCCACUGACCGGGCAAGAGCCAAACAGAGACUAUGAAGCCGAAUCAUUGAGGGGGUCAGUCGCAGAGGACGACUCGCGGAGAGGGUCAGUCGAAGAAUCUGAGCAACGCAGAAUGUCAGCAGCAAGACAACGCAAAAGGUCCUCUGUGGAUAGCGGGUCUUUCAAGGGUUCGGAGACAGGAGGGCGCAGAGGAUCCACAGGUCAUCGCAAAGGAUCGGGACGCAAAUGGUCAGCGUCGGACUACAGACCCCGAAGAGAGUCGGUCACGGAAGACUCCCACCAGGCGCAGCCCACGCCGCCCACAGGCUCCGCCCUGGAAGAGCCGGAGGCCGGCUCAGCCUCGCAGUCACAGGAGGGCGGCGCCACCAAAGAAAAGCAGGAGGAGGCCCCCACAGCCAGCAAAUCGGAUCGUCCCUUAGGCGGCAGCAAAAAGGAGCGCCCUGCAGACAAAGCCUGUGAACCAAAGACCCAACAUAUAGAAGGGAAAUUCUGGUCAGGUGAAUUUUUUAUUUCUGACUGGAAGACAAAGCAUAGCAGAUCUGAAGAUGAGGAACAGGCCAAAAUCAUCUGUGGGGACCCCAGAUUCGCAGACCUGCAUGGGAUUAUUAGGAAUAUUCAGACCUACAAAGAAAUAAAAGGGAGGAGUGCUUUCAGUCUAACCUCUCUCAACUUGCUGCAGUUUGUGCAACUCCUAGAGACAUUUGUUGGUGAAGAUACCCCCUUGAGGGUCAGCCAGAACCUCAUCUCCUUUUUUCAGAAGAACUAUUCUGAAACAAAACAGGAGAAAAUGAGAGCCUUAGAACAGGCCAGACAAAAUGCUUUCCGAGUCCGGAAGGAGCUUCUUCUAGAAGCCCUCUUUCAAAAGUGGGACAACGAUGGCUCAGGCUUUCUGGAUCUGAAUGAAGUUGACGAACUCUUGCAUACGUAUAAAGAAGGCAUGGAAAAGGAAUCCAUGAAGAAAGCUAAGUUGCACAUCCAGUUUCCAAAGCAACAAUCUGGCUGUGAAGUAAAAUUGUCUUCAAAGCAGUUUCAGAAUUACAUAGAAUUGGUUGUAUCUGAACUCAGGGGCAAUGAAGACCAAGUUCUGGAAAAUGUUGUGGAAUUCCUGAUGUGUUCUUUAAACAGGACCCACACUGAGGGUCUAAGGAAUUGUGCGAGACGGAAAUGGCUACAUCAUAUCCAGCAUGCUGCCCAGACAAGUGGAGUGUCCCUGGAGCCUGUGUAUUUUGAGACCUUUAGGGCUCUCACCCAGGAUGCCGAGGCUCACGGAAAUAAGAAAAUCAGUGCUCACAUUUCCCUCUUAGAGGAAAACCAGCUCCUGCCUACCAGAGGGGAUGUUCUUCUGAGGAACGUAGCUUGUACCCUUGAUGAUGCUCCGUAUGUUCUGAACAAAGCACUCUACAGGGACAUGCAAGGAAUCAGCUUUACAGUCGUGGAUGAAGGCAAGCCAAUCCAUGUCCCCCAAGUUCAACACCAUGGGAACAUCUUCUUCUGGAACCAGUCCCGAAGUAAGAGUGAGCAAAACGGGUCAUUCCUGGCUCUGCCGCUUCAGGACGCAAACAUGAGGAUCUUUGGGGUCCUGGCAGUUGACACUCUUCGAGAUCCUCAGGAAGUAAACAUCUUCCUGCCUCAUGAAAUCAGUUUCUAUCAGGGUGUGGCCAACGCCUUCAGCACGGCUUAUCACUACGUGCACAGCAGAGAGCACAUCCUGCACACUGUGCUCACGGGCAUCAGGUGGCUCUUCAGCAUCACGUCCGGCAUCUCCUCCGUCACCACCUGCUUCAUCGAACCCAGCUCAGAGCAGGAAGACUACGUUUUGCGCAGUACAAUGGUUACAGAUUCUCUUGGCCUCGCGGAAAUUCUUACUCGUUCCCCCGUCAUCUCGAGGAAGACGUGUGUCUUCAGGGACUUCCUCUUUAAAUGCAUAGACACCUCAGACGUUGUUUUGGCUUCUGCCGGGGGAGAGACCCACAUUGUAAUUCCAAUUCGCCAGAGAACAGGAGAGGCUAUGGGAGUCCUUGACGUUAACAUCGGCCGGAGCAGGAUGUUGGUGUUUCAAGAAUACAAAGAUCUACAGAAAAUGAUGAAGAUGAUCCAAAAUGUCGCCGAUGAACUACUGGGCGAAUUGUCUGGAGAAAUCAAGAAAAAUGAGGUCAUAGAGAUGGAAAGGUCAGGAGAGGUCAGGCGGGCUGGAGUCCUCUUCUUCCGCGCCAUGCUGCAGGAGCUCCGAGAAUGCCUAGACACCCUCACGCCCAUGGACUUCGUGUCGCUGCUGAUCUACGAGCACAAGCCUCCCCUGGACUCACAAGGCAUGGAUCCCCAGGAGCUAGAAGCCAACGUGGCCCUCGUGCACGACUUCCUGAAAGGGGUCAUCUUGUUCUCCCAGCAGGACAUAGGCCCUCUCAGAGACUUGGAGGAGUGGCAAAAGUGGAAGUUUUACAUUAACAAGAACUUAGUUAAGGAUCUUUGCGUGUUUGAUCCGACUGCUAGCAAUGUAAGGGUUAAUGUGCAGCUUGUUUCGAGAUACAUCCAAGAUCAUUCUCGAACCGAAGUAUGGAAAUUUGGCAAUCUUGUCAUCGAGCUCCUGUACCACUGGAUAAACAUUUGUUUAAUUCUCAUAGAGCUAAAAAAUAAAAAAGAUGGUUCUAUUAUACCCCCACUGCCCAGGAAAAGUGAGACCUCUAUUUCUCAAAAAAUCUCAAAGAAGUCCUUGUCCACUGAAAGCUAA